GCGGCCACACCCAUGUCAGUCUAGUCUCCACAAAACAAACACCUUCUUUUUUCCCUUUCUCUUUGCUGCACGCAUGGUCUUUAUCUGACUUGCAUUUGAUUAAAAUCUCCAGCUGACAGUGGAGACGGAGGGCUGCAGAGACGGCACCUUGAAAGCCCAGGCAGGCGGUCGGAGCUUCUUCGGCUCUCAAUGCGAGUCACCUGCCCCCGAGACGUCGGCCAUUCUGGGCCGCUGACCCACAAAUAAGAGACUCAGUCAAAUCCAGUUUGCCCCAUGCCUGUGAGCGCUGUGUGUGUGUUUCAGCUCUGCUGAGGGUCAUUCGCCCGGUGUCUCCAUUAGGGCUCUGGGUCGUCACAGAGCGACGGCCAGCAGCAACCUCACUUCUGCUCGGGGAACACGCUGCCACAGGAGCUUCUUCUUCUUCUUCCCUGAUGGAGUUUCUGACAAAGUUAAAAACAAAUGCUGGUUUAACAGCCAACGAAUUGUAAGAGAGGAACUGUUGGCGGAGUCAUGGCGAACUCAGUGGGCGGCUUAUCCGAAGGCACAGCGUACGGGCCCCGGAUCGGGAUGACUGGGGACUCUCUCGCCCUCCUGGAGCGAAACAGGGGCGCCGCCGAUCCCUGGGACAUGGUGGAGACCAAACCCAACGUGGACGCUCUGGAGCGCGGCCUGCCGGGCCUCUAUCUCUCGUGCUUCGACAUGCCCCUGGCCGAGGACGCGACGUGGCUGGCGAAGGUCUCCGAGGCCCCGCCGAUGGCCCACAUGGGGUCGCGGGACGAGCCGGAGCAGUGCCCCGUCAUCGACAGCCAGGAGCAGGGCCUCUCUCCGGCGGGGCUGCAGGGCCAGGAGGAGGAGCGGUCCCUGGAGCAGGUGCAGAGCAUGGUGGUGGGCGAAGUGCUGAAGGACAUUGAAACGGCCUGCAAACUGCUCAACAUCACCCCGGACCCCAUCGAGUGGAACGCGGCGAACGUGCAGAAGUGGCUGCUGUGGACCGAACACCUGUACAGGCUGCCCCACGCCGGGAAGGCCUUCCAGGAGCUGACGGGAAAGGACCUGUGCGCCAUGAGCGAGGAGGAGUUUCGCCAGCGCUCGCCGCAGUGCGGGGACACGCUGCACGCACACCUGGACAUAUGGAAGUCAGCCGCCUGGAUGAAAGAGAGGUGUUCAGCUGGAGACACUAAGACUGCAGGCACUGAGGAGCUGUGGUCCGAGGCGGAUUCGUCCUGUUCCGGUCAGCCGAUCCACCUGUGGCAGUUCCUCCGGGAGCUCCUGCUCAAGCCUCACAGCUACGGACGCUGCAUCCGCUGGCUCAACAAAGAAAAAGGUAUCUUCAAAAUCGAGGACUCGGCCCACGUGGCGAGACUGUGGGGACUCAGGAAGAACCGACCGGCGAUGAACUAUGACAAGCUGAGCCGCUCCAUACGUCAGUACUACAAGAAGGGCAUCAUCCGCAAGCCCGACGUGUCCCAGAGGCUGGUGUACCAGUUCGUCCACCCAGUGUGAAGCUGCGGCGAGAGUGGGAGGACGCGCGCUCUCCCACCGCAUGCACGUGCGCGCCCAAGACUUGAAGGUGACAGAGAACAUUGUGCACCGACCAACCCCCGAUGGCACACACUUCGCCUGCCAACACACGGAGGAACAGCUGGCAGCUGUGCAUGGGCCAAGAGGAGGAGGAGGAUGAGGAGGAUGAGGAGGAGGAUGAGGAGGAGGA